AUGGUGUACCGCUCCAGCGACGUAGCGCAAAAGUACUUCCAGAACUAUUUCCACUUUGCACGUGUGUAUGCAAUCCCUGCCGCGUUACAUUUGGCGCGAAUAAGGUGGUACUUCGACCCGCCCAUGAAGGUAAAUCCCAUUGUAUUUCUGGCGGACGCGAUAUACUCGACUCUUCACAUGCUUUUCCGACAGCCCUUUUCGAAUCAAGUCAUCAUCCAGAUGUGGGGGGGCAGAGGCGAGGAUAAAGCUAUCAAUGGCUGCGUCAUUCACAGAUUCAAAGCUAAACACGGAAACUUGGCCAACAUCGUUGGCAGCCUGAGCGUAAACGGUAGACCAGCGCUCGAAAGGGCAAGAUUCGUGCGUGAGUCGAACUUGAACGCUACGGCGGGCGUCCAUCGCCAUGUUGGCUAG